CUAAAAAACUAUUUUAUAAUGUGCUACUUGUUAUAUUAAUUUUACUUUUUUACAUAUACACGUCAGCUUAAAUAAAAAUCGUUUAACCGUUUAGUUUUUGAGAAUUGCAUGAGUUUUCCUAAAUGUCUGUCUUUUGAUUUCUAAUGUCACUGAAAUUAAAAGUUACAAAAACUUUGAAGUGUGAUAUUUUAGUAAAGAUUUUUGACCAAUAUCAAGUUAUGUAGAUCUUGUGAGAAUUUUUAUAUGCUAAAGUGGAAAGUUUAAAUAAAAUGUUUUGGUAUCGUCAAAACUAAAAAAGCAGUUUUUAUUUUUAAAUAUCUAAGAAACUUUUUUUCUUUUAUAUAUAAUAAAUUAAUUGUGUCAUUUAGUCUAUAAACCAUGCUCACGCUGGAAAGUUUUUAAACUGAUCAAAUAAAAUCUCUUUUAUUUUAAGGGUGCCUCAUGGUUUGUACGAUUAUCCAAGUGUAACUAUGGGAUGUUCAUCCAGUAUUCCAGCUAAUUCUCCACCAUCAAAUAAUGGUCACGCUCAACCUGUGAAUAAUUACCCCAAGCAGCAGCAACCAGUUAUAAAUAAUAAUCCACCACCUCCUCCCAUUUUACAUCCACAAGUGGUUCCAAGUGCACCCCCACAUAGUCACUCUCCACCUGUGGAGCCUGAACCUAUCGAAGAACAAGCUGAAAUUGACAUACCUCAAGAAACUGUUGUUAAUGAUUCUCAAAAAGAUAAUGACAAUGAACCUUCAGAAGUCACACCUGAACUUUUGAAUGAAUUCGUUCAGCUGGAAAAAGAAAUAAGGCUUUUGGAAUCUAACCGUGCUGAAGAGAAACUACUACUGCAUCAGAUUGAAUACAAGAAUGUUGAAGAAGCUCUAAAAUCUUCACAACUUGAUUAUGAGGAACUGAAAAGAUUGACUUUAAAAGAGUACCAGGAUGUGGCACACUUUAAUCUUGUGUCAUACAUGGUGGAACACAAUACAGCAGUGAUGGGUAAUAAUGAAGCUUUAGAUGAGGCGAAAAAAAAGGAAGAAUAUGAAUAUUUUGAAGCCAGAAACAGACAAGACAUUGCAGAAAAACAGAUAGAUAGCCUUCAGAAACAACUCAAUCAGAUCAGCCAUAACAUUGAAGAGUGCCUAAAAGAGGUUGCACAACUAAAUGAUCUACGAACUAAAGUUGAUGGUCUCCUUGAGAAUGUGUUUAAUGGUGAAUAUGGUAGUGAUCUGGAAGAUCGACUUGAACUCGAAGCUGAGCAGUUAUUGCAGUAUAAAAAGCACUUGAGUAUGGCACAUUACAAAUGGUGGAAUGGUCGGCAACUUAUGCAUCAUUCUUGUUCUCAAAUGGCUUAUGCGACAAGACGAUGGGCACAAAUUCAAUCUGUGGCAGCAGAUGACGGUCAGGCUAAGUAUCACAUGAUCACAGAUACUAGAAACAAUAUGAUUGCAAGUCAUCAAAAUCUACAAAGAGCUGCAGGAUAUCUUAAAGUGACACUGCCAUAUUGGAAUGAAAGCGAUGAUAAGAAUAUCGUUGCAAGUAUUAAUGUUAUUUACAAUGAUGUAAAAGUUAGUGAAACACAUCACAGAGCAUUACAGUGGUAUCGUUAUUAUCACUGGAGGCUAGCAUUAUUACUUAAUUGGAUGGAUCAGGUGAUAAACAAUAAAAUUGUUGCUGAUCAUCAGCGCGUAUCAAGAGACUUCAAAAACAAGUACCGCGAAUUAAGAACAGAAAGAUUGCUAUGUAUUAAAGCUAAAGUGAAAGAAAUUUUGGGAAUUGACUUGGAUAUUGAACAGUUUUCUAAAGAUAAAGAUAACAGUAAUGAAGAAGUUGGUGAUGAAGAUGAAUUGCCAAAAGUUGAGUCAGAUAUCGCUAUUAGUGCAGAAUCAUUCCUUCAAGAAAAUGACAGCAAUGAGAUGAAUAUGCCAGCUGCUAUAGAAGCUGAAAGUGAUCCAACAGUUAUCGAGAAUAUUGUUAGAGAAAGUACAAUAGUAAAUUCAGCUGGUAUUGAAACUGAAACUAGUACUGAAACAGGUACAUCCACAGAAACUGCUUCUGGUACUGAAAUGAGCACAUCCACUGAAACUGCUUCUGUUACUGAAAUGGGCACAUCCACAGAAACUGCUACAGGUACUGAAAUGGGUACAUCCACAGAAACUGCUACAGGGACUGAAAUGGGAACAUCCACAGAAACUGCUACGGGGACUGAAAUGGGCACAUCCACAGAAACUGCUACUGGAACAGAUAUGGGCACAUCUACUGCGUUAACUACCUCCACUACCAUGGAAACCUCGACCGAAGGUAUGACUGUUUCAACCAGCGAAAUGGGGAUUGGAACUGACCCUCCGCUGGCACCUGCAGAAAAAGCCGAUACAGCUCCUGAGGUGAAACUUAUUCCCCUCUCUGAUCUUGCUCCGCCACCACCUGAUGAUUUACUUUUCGGAAAUGUUGCACAGUUGCAGUUGAUACAUCAGCAACAAAUUGAAGAAUUUGAGAAAGCUCAGAAUAUAAAUAAAGAAAGACAAGACCAAGGACUAAAAGAAAAGCUUCGUCAACGACAAAGCAGAAGAAGAAAGCAAAAAUUGCAGGAAGAACAAGCCAAUGCACUUGCAUCUCCUCGCAAACCAAUUAAAUGACUUGAAACAAAUUGAUAAGAACUUGCUGUUACAAUCUAAAAGUGAGCUUUUUACAGUGUGUCGUUUUUUGUUUUUUACAAUAGCCUGCUGUGACAUAUUUACACAACCUUCACGUACACAAUUUUUUUAUAAGCAACUUAGACUUUUGGUCACAUUUCAAGUUGAUUGUUUAUCAGCUAAUAUCUUGAUCUAAAGUUGCUUCAUGGUUGCAUAAUUUUCUCUGAUUAAAUUUUCAGUGUUUCUAAAAGAAAAGGGAAAAUAUGAAAAGGAUACUGAAUGUGCUCAAUAUGAACUACAUAUAUUUCGUAAUCGUAAUAUAUUUUUCUGUGAGUUUUAGUUUUUUUAAGUGUUUUAACUUUUAUAAUUUAAAGAGUUGCUUUUACUCACAAUUGUACAGAACUGAAGUUGCUUGAUAAUUUUUUAAAUCGAGUUUGGUUACUUUAGACAAUUUAGGUCAGAAAGUUACUUAAACAUUUCUUGAAAAUAAGUAAUACUUCAUAUUAAAUGUCAUUUGUAAAUAAUGCAAAUCUAAAGUAGGAUGUAAAUAUUUUAUGUAUCUUAACAAUUGAAUAUUUUUGACUAAAACGAACUUGCAUUUUUUUAAAAUAAUACAUAAUUUUUACUUAAAUUUUAUUUCUGCAUUGUAUAUGUAUUUAUAUAUAUACGAUAUCACAAGAUUUACAUUCAGACAAUUGAUCAGCUGCAUUGUAAAAGGAAAGCUAUACAUCAAGGUGUUAGCUAAAAAUUCACAGUUAGAGCUGUUCAGCCCCAAAUCUAAAUUUAUUUUGAGAGUCUUUAAGUGGACUGACAGUGGUGACGUUUGGAGGAUAAAAAUCAAAUUUUUAUGGUGCCAAACAGCCCAGAACAGCUCUCCUGGCACUUAUUUCUGGAACUUAUCAAAGAUUUUGAAUCAUUAAAUUCCAAUCAUUGCACAUUGCAUACUUUGACAAAUAAAAAAUAAUAUCAGCUAAACAAAAAGGAAAAAUUAGAAAAAUGGAUGGGGAAAGUAAAAAAAAUAGAUAGGGAAACUCAACUAGUAUUUUGAAUCAGGAAUUCUCUGUUUAACAGACUAACGCUAGCUAACAGCCUGUACAUACAAAACUAUUUGUCCUAAAGAAAAACUAGGGGAGUUUUUCGUUAAUGUAAAUCUUUUAAAUAUUGUUGGAAUUGUUAAUUAUUCCUGGUUUUUUUACAAUCUUUGCUAUUAGAGCUAAUUUGACUUAAAUAUUAGUAUGAACAUGUUUAGGAACUAAGUUAUUGAUUUUUUAUCUUUAAAUCUAGCUGGCAUCACUAGAAAAGAUUUUUAAUAUGAAAUUAAAUCCACCAUUUGUGAACUUUAAUUUUGUUCUCAAAAAUUUUUUAUACUAGAUUCGUAAACACUCUGUAACUUUUGCAGACAAAGCAGCUACGAAUUUGCGUAUCAAAAAGAGAUUUUAAAUUAUGCAAAAUAUUUCCAGAUUUUAUCACAAAGUAGUUCACUGACUUAUUUAUUUUUUAGACUUGUAAAUAUUUACAGAUUUAAUAUAAACACUGAUGUAAUCUCUGCAUUUCAUAAUUUAGCAAAAUAAAUUGUACAUAGUACUGGUGUGAGUAUUAUCUAUAUGGAUUUAUUAUGUUGUUAGUUCGGCAAUUUACAUUCUGCUGAAAAGGAAUACAAAUAUUGUUUUUUUUAUAUGCAGCUGUAGCCUAAGCUCCAAUACUUUACCAAAUAAUGUAAACAUCACUGUCAUGAAAAA